CCUCUCGUGAGUCGGCAUGCAAGCGUGCAGCUGCACACACCUGCCAUGCCUCGAGCAGGAAAACGGAACGUGCUCGGGAGUCACGUUUGACUUUGUUUCAGCGUCAUGGACAGACUCGUGCGAAGUGCUCAAGAUGGAGCCCAUGCCAAGUCAUCUGGACAGCGCGGUGGAGUUGAACAGACAGCUCCAUGCUAGCUUGCAGAGGAAGCAGGAGGAGAUCUCAGCCUUAAAGCAGAGGAAUGCACAGCUAAAGGAAUUGGCGAGACAGACUGAGCAUUAUAACAUUACACUGGAUACCUCCACAGUGCAGGCACAGGAAUCCCGUGUGUGCGCGUCACGCUGUGGGUGUGUGCGUCACCCCGUGGGCGUGCGCGUCACACCCCGGGUGUGCGCGUCACGCCCUGGUUCGGCAUGUUCAUACAGUCCCAGUGCGUCGGCCACGCCCUGGCGCUGCAUGACCCCAGAGCACCCCCUUCUCUCUUCGCUCCCAGCAAACUCGGAGCUGGAGGGCCGGCCACGUGCAGCGUGGUCCAAGCCUCCCAGCAUGGAGGACAGGCCGGCGAGAGACAGGGCGAGGAGGCACCACACUCCCUCCCCCAACAGUACAGACAGCUCGUGGGGAGAUCCUGGCCAGACCGGUGUGUUCUGCCCACCCGAUGCCAAAAGGCUCAAACAGAAUGGAGCGGUGCAUGAGCUGGACUCUGAACCAGCCCUCUGCCAUGCCCAGCCAUUUCAGCAUGCCCCUCUGCAGUCCAGAGACGAGGGGCCUGACCGUCACCCUCCGCCUCCCGGCACGGACCUGGUGCAGCUGUUCGGCGCGUUCCACGGGCUACAGGUGAUGACGACCGCCCUGCCACUCGGCUCUGACCUGAGCGUGGACUGCAGAGGGGAGGAAGGUGUGUGCUUUAAAACCUCCAUCAGAGACCACAACACCAUCAGGACAAUGGUCUUCCCCCACGGCAAGACCUUCACGUCUCACACGCCAGACGGAGGCUGCAGGUUCCUCUGGGUUCCUCUGGGAACCAUGUAG